ACCGCGGGCGCCACCAUGCAACACCCGGGCCCGCGCCUGUGGCUGGUGCUGCAGGUGAUGAUGGGCUCGUGCGCGGCCAUCAGUUCCAUGGACUUAGAGCGCCCUGGAGACAGCAAGUGCCAGCCGGUGGAGAUUCCCAUGUGCAAGGACAUCGGCUACAACACCACCCGCAUGCCCAACCUGAUGGGCCACGAGAACCAGCGCGAGGCGGCCAUCCAACUGCACGAGUUCGCGCCGCUCGUGGAGUACGGCUGCCACAGCCACCUCCGCUUCUUCCUGUGUUCGCUGUACGCGCCCAUGUGCACGGAGCAGGUCUCCACACCCAUCCCAGCUUGCCGGGUCAUGUGCGAGCAGGCCCGGCUCAAGUGCUCGCCGAUCAUGGAGCAGUUCAAAUUCAGGUGGCCGGACUCCCUGGAUUGCAGCAAACUCCCCAACAAGAACGACCCCAACUACCUGUGCAUGGAGGCACCCAACAACGGCUCGGAUGAGCCCAGCCGGGGCUCUGGCAUGUUUCCUCCGCUCUUCAGACCCCAGAGGCCCCACAGCGCGCAGGAGCACCCGCUAAAGGACGGGGGUCCGGGGCGCACAGGCUGUGACAAUCCAGGCAAGUUCCACCACGUGGAGAAGAGCGAAUCCUGCGCACCACUCUGCACCCCGGGAGUGGAUGUCUAUUGGAGCCGCGACGACAAGCGCUUCGCUGUGGUCUGGCUGGCCAUCUGGUCCGUGCUGUGCUUCUUCUCCAGCGCCUUCACCGUGCUCACCUUCCUUAUCGACCCGUCACGCUUCAGGUACCCCGAACGUCCUAUCAUCUUCCUCUCCAUGUGCUACUGCGUUUAUUCGGUGGGCUAUAUCAUCCGCCUCUUCGCGGGCGCGGAGAGCAUCGCCUGUGACCGGGACAGUGGGCAACUGUAUGUUAUCCAGGAAGGGCUGGAGAGCACGGGUUGUACCUUAGUCUUCUUGGUACUUUACUACUUCGGCAUGGCCAGUUCUUUAUGGUGGGUCGUCCUCACUCUCACUUGGUUUCUGGCUGCUGGCAAGAAGUGGGGACAUGAGGCCAUUGAAGCCAACAGCAGCUACUUUCACCUGGCAGCCUGGGCCAUCCCGGCUGUGAAGACCAUCUUGAUCCUGGUGAUGCGCAGGGUGGCAGGGGAUGAGCUCACUGGUGUGUGUUAUGUAGGCAGCAUGGAUGUCAAUGCACUGACCGGCUUCGUGCUGGUCCCGCUGGCUUGCUACCUAGUCAUCGGCACUUCCUUCAUCCUGUCCGGUUUUGUGGCUUUAUUCCACAUCCGGAGGGUGAUGAAAACGGGUGGGGAGAACACGGACAAGCUGGAGAAACUCAUGGUACGCAUAGGGGUCUUCUCGCUCCUCUACACCGUGCCGGCCACCUGUGUGAUCGCCUGCUACUUUUAUGAACGCCUCAACAUGGACUACUGGAAGAUGCUGGCCACCCAGCACAAGUGUAAGAUGAACAAUCAGACCAAGACACCUGACUGCCUCAUGACCACCUCCAUCCCUGCCGUGGAGGUCUUCAUGGUCAAAGUGUCCAUGCUUCUGGUGGUGGGCAUUACCAGUGGGGUGUGGGUCUGGACUUCCAAGACCCUGCAGUCCUGGCAACAGGUAUGCAGCCGGGGGCUAAAGAGAAAAAGCCGGAGGAAACCAGCCAGUGUGGUCACCAGUGCAGGGAUCUACAAAAAAGCCCAGCACCCCCAAAAACCUCAUCUUGGGAAGUAUGAGCUUCCCGCCCAGCCUUCAGCCUGCGUGUGA